UUCCCAUCCCUCCCUGUCUCCUGUUCAUUCAGCAUAUUUUUUUUUUAAAUAUAUAUAUAUAUAUAGGUUUUCAUCCAUGAUGGCGGAAGAUAGCGAGUCCGCAGCCAGUCAGCAGAGCCUGGAGCUGGACGACCAGGACACCUGCGGAAUAGAUGGCGAUAACGAGGAGGAGAAUGAACACAUGCAAGGGAGUCCGGGGGGAGACUUGGGGGCUAAGAAGAAGAAGAAGAAACAGAAGAGAAAGAAAGAGAAGCCAAGCUCUGGAGGGGCCAAGUCAGACUCUGCCUCAGACUCACAGGAGAUAAAGAACCCAGGGCUGCCCAUGCAGAAGCUGCAGGACAUCCAGAGAGCCAUGGAGUUGCUGUCCUGCCAGGGACCAGCUAAGAGCARCGAUGAGGCCACCAAACACAAGUACCAGUUCUGGGACACACAGCCAGUACCUAAACUCAAUGAGGUUGUAACCAGCUAUGGGCCCAUGGAGGCUGACAAGGACAACAUCAGACAGGAGCCCUACUCUCUACCACAGGGCUUUAUGUGGGACACUCUGGACCUCAGCAACGCUGACAUGCUGAAGGAGUUGUACACCUUGUUGAAUGAGAACUAUGUGGAGGAUGAUGACAACAUGUUUAGAUUUGAUUACUCACCCAGCUUUCUCAAAUGGGCGUUGCGUCCUCCAGGCUGGUUGCCCCAGUGGCAUUGUGGGGUGAGGGUUUCCUCCAAUAAGAAACUGGUUGGUUUCAUCAGUGCCAUUCCUGCUGAUAUCCACAUCUACGACACCUUAAAGAAAAUGGUUGAGAUCAACUUCCUGUGUGUUCAUAAGAAAUUGCGUUCAAAGCGUGUGGCUCCAGUUCUGAUCCGGGAGAUCACGCGAAGGGUUAACUUGGAGGGUAUAUUCCAGGCCGUCUACACGGCAGGAGUGGUACUUCCCAAACCUGUGUCUACCUGCAGGUACUGGCAUCGUUCUCUGAACCCCAGGAAGCUGGUGGAGGUGAAAUUCUCUCACCUGAGCAGAAACAUGACGCUGCAGAGAACCAUGAAACUGUACCGACUACCAGACAGCACUAAGACCCCGGGCUUGCGAGCGAUGGAGAGGCGUGAUGUGCGUCAGGUGACGGAGCUGCUGCAGAAACACAUGAGACGUUUCCAGCUGGCGCCRUCUAUGUGCGAGGAGGAAGUGGCACACUGGUUCCUCCCUCAGGACAACAUCAUAGACACAUUUGUAGUGGAGGGUGCCGGUGGUGUGUUGACAGACUUCACUAGUUUCUACACCCUGCCCUCCACAGUGAUGCACCAUCCACAGCACAGAAGUCUAAAGGCUGCUUACUCCUUCUACAGCGUUCACACACACACUCCACUACUGGACCUGAUGAAUGARACUCUCAUACUGGCCAAACUGAAAGGCUUUGAUGUGUUUAAUGCUCUGGACCUGAUGGAGAACAAGGUGUUUCUGGAGAAGCUCAAAUUUGGUAUCGGAGACGGCAACCUGCAGUAUUACCUUUUUAACUGGAAAUGUCCCCCCAUGGACCCCGACAUGGUUGGCCUUGUUCUUCAAUAACUAGUCUGUCUGUAACUGCUACACACUCAGAGGUCAAAGGUCUUCUUUGACCCCUAACAUCGCUCUACCUGGACACACAGGUAGUCCCAAACUAGAAGAAGACAAUGACAACAAUCAACCAAUCAAAGUGAUCGGGAGGUGUGCAUCACUUUAAGCAUCUCUCCUGGAUCAUUUUUAUCAUGGAGAACAUUCUCUCUGCUCACCCGGAACUGAGAACUCUUUUUAACCAUCAACAUCCUGAAUGUGAAGUCAUGCUCUGCCUGAGACAGACUCUUGUACAGUACACACACACUACAUGAAGAGAAGGAAGACUUGCAUCCAAAAUGUUUUUCUUGUUUUKUUCAAAAAGGUGCAUUGGUAACUGUGUUUGUUGYACAGUGCAGAAAUGUAGUAACCUGUACAUUUAAUGCCAGAACAUAUUUAUUCCUGUAGUGUGMGAUAUGGGGGGUGGGAGAGGAAAGAUUCAACUAGCGUAGAUGUUAUUGACUUUGGUGUUCCUAUGAACGGUUAGGAGGGGAUUCUAGGGAUUUUUGAGGAAGAAUGUAUUUGAAGCACAAAUCUUAAGUUCUUAACUGAGUGAAAGGCUCCUUAACAACCCCAGGUGCAUUUUAUAUAUCGAUUAUUUCUGUUUUGUGUGUUUAGGUUUUUCAAUAUCUGAGUGUUUGAGAAACAUAAAAUGCAGGAUGGGAAUUUUAUUAUUUAAAAACUUUAAAAAAAAUUGGUGUUUUGUGCAGCUAAAAGCAUAUAUUAUUUUAAUAAGGUCCCAAUUUUUUUCCCGGGCACAAUUCUGAUAUUUAGGAUUGUGCUUAUAUGUUGUGUGUUCUGUCACCAUUCCUCCCAUGUCUGUCAGUAUUUGUUAAAACCCCUUAAUCAAACCGGCAUCUUCACCUAUAAAUAAAGGUACUGGGUUGGAGUAUCA